AUGUUGGAAGACGAUGCCUACCUGGCUCGGCACGUCGAUGUCUACUUCGAACACGUCCACACCACGGGGUGUUAUGGGUUCCUCCACGAACCUUCUGUGCGGGAAGCGAUGUCGGAAGGGAGGCUUUCUCGUUCGCUCGCGUUGGCCAUGUGUGCGGCGUCGACGAGGUUCUUGUCGUCUACCUCUGGCAAGACGAAUAGCUCCUCGGGUGACGGCGCGGCGGAUCCCGAUUCGACUGGCAUCGCGAUGGCCCACCGAGCUCAGGUAUGGGCCGACGAAGCUAAAAGACUCGUCUUCUCCCGGUUGUACGAGUACGAUCUGGACGCCUUAGCCUCCCUCUUGCUCCAAUUCUAUCAUGCCGUCGCCAACGCGCAGUUCGAGGUCGUCAGGAUCUUGGCAUCUACGGCAGCGAGGAUGGCGGUAGGUAUGAACCUGCAUGUCGAAGAGCAAGAGGGGGAGAUACCAAGCCCAAGGGGAACAGGUACAACCGAGCAGGAGCUUGAAUGGGAUGAACGCCCGGCUCAGAUAGAGAUUAGGAGGGAGAAGAAGAGACGGAUCGUCUGGGCCUGCCAAUUUUUCGACUGGAUCACCUGUCAAGGUCGGCUCGAGGACCUCGCUCUGCGUCCGGGCUUGAUCACCGUCCGUCUACCCGCGGAAGAUUCGUCAUUCCUGUCCGGUGAACCGAGCGACAUGCCCAGCCUCGAGAUGUUUGACAGGGACCUCGCUGAUCAGACCACAAACGGGGCGAUGGAUAGGCAUAAUCCUCGGAGCGCUUAUAUCCAUCUAAUGUGGAUCAGGACCCGCGUUGUACAGUAUGUAGUCGGCUGUCCAAGAGCGAGCCAUCCGCCCUGGUUGGCAUACUCCCAGUUUCAAGCGCUCGAGCGAGAACUCUCCGAGUGGUCCCGACGACUUCCCGCGAGUCUUACCCUGUGCAUGAGCCUGGAGACGAGUCGUUCGACGUCGGAACCGACGUUGAACAUGCUCCUUCUCAUGCUCGAAGCGUGGUUUCACGAAGCUUGCGCAUGCUUGCUGGGCAUCGUCUUGCCAUCCGCCGGCCUCGGAGGACACCUGUCGGUAGCGCUACCUCGAGCGAUGAUCGCCGUAGCGCCCGAUACCUGGCUAGCUCACGCCCGCCAGCGCUGUCUGGACCAUUGCGUGGCCAUCUCGGAGCCCGCCCGUCGCGGUGCGCUCGCUUCGCUUGGUUUCGCCUUUGAGGACGUCGACUUUCCUCUCCUCGCGGUCGAAAGCAUUGAGAGACGGAUGGCCUGGGUCGACGCCGAGCCGGUACGGGCUUUCGAUGAAGAGAUAAUGUUGCCACUGGCCAUUCACCUUGAAGCGACGUUUCGAUCAGCCGCGGCGACACGGAGGUACUUUCCGGUGGUCGGACCGCUCCUCGUAGCUGCCAACCAAAUGCUACUCCACCGAGGAUUUCCCGCAAUGCCGGCUGUAGAGCGAGAUCUGAAUCCAGAUCACUGGUACAGGCAGACCAUCUCCACCGUCCACUUAGAACCGGGGAUCGCCGACUCGUCAUGA